AUGCUAGCGCUUUCAGGGAAGGAAGAAAACGACGAAGACAAUGACUCAGAAAAGGAGUAUGCGGAAAAGUUUGAGACAUUUGCAUCGCAGCUCAAAUUGUUAAACGAGCGGACCCACCCAGAUGUUCUUGAGGUAAAGCCUACAAUCACCCGCAAGUUGCGCCGUCGUACCCCUGAGGUGCCCUCCUCAAUUGUCGGCUCAAGCAUCAUUGGUGGUGGAAGCAAAUUUGGCUAUUGGGGUGACAUCCAGCUGUACAGCGCUCCUUGGUCUCCUGCGGCCUUUAGUGCCACUGCACUCAAGACAAGCACAGAGCUUCCCCCCAGCCCUUGUCCGCCUACUGGCGCAGCAGCGGAUCCCACAGAUGAAACGCCGUCCGCCAAUAUUGUUUCUGCCGCAAGCACCUCCUGUAACAUAUUUGGCAGUCUGGGAGUAAGUGUUGAGGACGGAAAUUGUCUCGUAGGGCACCUUAUUGCCUCCAUGAAUGCUUCAGCUGGCGGAAAUGGGCACGGGGAAGUAGGUACUCUGUCCACCUCGGGCGCUUUGUUCGCUCAGGCGGCCCUACCAAAUAGUUUGAGUUGCAUUGGUGGCGCUAAUUCGAGCUCUGCCUCUGUGGCAGCAGUUGCUGCCGCAAUUGUCCCAAGUUUGACCGGAUUUACAGGGGUUCAAACACCAAAACGACGAAAGCAGCUUAACUCGCAGCCAUUCACCCAGUUGAGCCUGCUACUACCUGAAACAGACAUUUAUUCUGAUCUGACAUUAAUACAUAGUUUCUCAUCAAUUACCUUUGCAACAGAACUUGCGGAAAGCCGUCGUCCGCUGGCGGUUCAAAAAAGCACGGAUUCGAUGGGCCGGGCUCCUCGACCUCGAACUCUUCCCGCGCUGGAGGCGCAAGUCCCCACCCUUCUCGAGGUGAUGAAACUUCCUCUAGAAGGCGGGUCGACACCGAAAAUCGAAGGGAAUCACACCGAAGCUCUCACCACCACCACCAUCACCACGAAUCGAGCUCCAUGGAGGGCUCUAGUGGUCCCGCUGUCUGGAUUGAUGACGGUCGUCUUUACAUUGGACAGUCCUGUCUGUGUCUAUUUUUUGCCUACUUUUUCCAGCUACCAACAAGGAACUCCUGUGUACUUGGAGAGCCACGGAUGCAGCGGGACUGUGGUUGCAGUUGGCGCCCAAGGCGUGUCAAUAAAGCGCAAUUCUGAUACUGGCAUCAUGCGAAUCACCGUACAACAGCUCAAACAUGGCCGAUACGUUCUUGCUCCAUUAAAACAACGUCAGUAG